AUGAACUCGGUCAGCAGCUCGGAGGACAUCAAGCCCCCGCUGGGUCUCAACGGGGUGAUGAAGGUGCCCGCUCAGCCCUCACAAGGGUGCACGCCCCUCUCCCUCACCAAACAUAUCUGUGCCAUCUGCGGGGACCGCUCGUCAGGUAGGUGCCCUAAGGUUACAUACACACACAUACCCAAACACACACACAAACCGCUGACACAUCUAUGCCAUCUGUAGGGACUGCGACACUACCAUGGUCAUCACCAUUUCACGUGAGUCCCCCACACACACACAAACACACACACACAUUCAUCACACACACAUCACACACACACACACACACUCAUCACACACACUCAUCACACACACACUCACUGAAAGGCUGACUAAUACACCAUAUAUACUGUACUACUUAACCCAGCUAAGAGGAAGUAUAAGGCAAGUAUAUGACUGUGGAGGACGGCUCAUAAUAAUGUUUGGAAUAAUGGAGUGGAAUGGCUGGAAUAGAGUGAAUGGAAUGGUACUGAAAACCAUGUGUUUCACACCAUUCCAUUCACUCCAUUCUGGCCAUUAUUAUGAGCUGUCCUCCCCUCAGCAGCCUCCACUGGUCUACGAGGAAUGAAAGUGUCUGUGGUGUCUGCAGCAUCAGAGAUAGGAAGUUACUCAGUUUUACUCCACUGCACUUUCCCUCAUAUCAGAGAGGAUGUGGAGGAGAUGGUUAAUAUCAGACAGAACUCUACUUGGUCACUGAUCUUCAGAAACCCUGUUCAUCAGGACAGAACUGUCAAUGUCAGAACAUAGUAAUAUACAUUACACUUAUAGUCACCAUUUUCACCCCUCUGUUAUUGCCCAAACAGUAUGUAAUCAAGUUCAAGAAGUUGAUGAUGUGUGUGAAGUGUGUCUUAAAUGUCUGUUCAUGGCCACUCUAUGUACUUUUUAAAGUGAAACUCAGUGAAGAUUACCUGUCUUUCCUCAGGUAAACACUAUGGAGUGUAUAGCUGCGAGGGCUGUAAAGGCUUCUUCAAGAGAACAGUGCGGAAGGACCUGACCUAUACCUGCCGCGACAACAAGGACUGUCUGAUCGACAAGCGCCAGCGCAACCGCUGUCAGUACUGCCGCUACCAGAAAUGUCUGGCCUGUGGAAUGAAGAGAGAAGGUACAGCACAUGCCGUUGAGGAUAAAGACCCAUUUACCCUCUCUCUCUCUCUCUCUCUCUCUCUGUCUAUCUCUCUCUCUCUCUGUGUCUCUCUCUCUCUCUAUCUCUUAUCUCUCUCUCUAUCUGUCUAUCUUUCUCUCAUUCUGGUCUAUAUCUCUCUCUCGUAUUCUAUCUCUCUAUCUCUAUGUCUGUCUAUAUCUCUCUCUCUCUCUCUCUCUCUCUCUCUCUCUGUCUAUCUCUAUCUCUCUAUAUCUCUCUCUUCUAUCUCUACCUGUCUAUCUCUCUCUCUCUCUGUCUAUCUCUCUCUCUCUCUCUUCUCUCUGUUAUCUCUCUUCUAUCUCUCUCUUAUAUCUCUCUCUGUCUAUCUCUGUCUAUCUUCUCUCUCUCUCUGUGCUAUCUCUCUCUCUGUCUAUCUCUCUCUCUCUCUGUUAUCUCUCUCUCUCUCUCUCUAUCUCUCUCUUCUCUAUCUCUCUCUCUUGUAUAUCUCUCUCUCUCUAUCUAUCUCUCUCUCUCUCUCUAUCUCUGUUAUCUCUCUCUGCUAUACUCUCUCUGUCUAUCUCUCUCUCUCUUCUUCUUCUCUCCUCUUAUCUCUAUCUAUCUCUCUCUCUCUAUCUCUGUCUAUCCUCUCUCAUCUCUGUCUUAUCUCUCUAUCUUCUCUGUCUAUCUCUAUCUCGUCAUUCUAUCUCUCUCUCUUGUCUAUCUCUGCUCUAUUCUCUCUCUCUAUCUCUCUCUCUCUAUUCCUGUAUAUCUAUCCUCUAUGUCUAUAUCUCCUACUGUAUCUCUCGUCUAGUCUAUCAGCUCAUGCUCGUAGUCUAUCUAUAUAUACGUCUCGAAACUCUCUCAUCUUUAUCUAUCUCUUCUUCUCUGUCUUAUCUCUCUCUCUAUGUCUAUCUCCUCGUCUCUCUCUAUCUCUCUCUCUGUCUCUCUCAUCUCUCUUGUCUAUCUCUUCUAUCUUCUCUCUUGUCUAUCUCUCUCUCUGUCUAUCUCUCUCCAUCUGUCUCUCUCUGUCUCUCUCUCUCUCUGUCUAUCUCUCUGUCUAUCUCUCUCUCUGUCUCUCUCUCUCUCUAUCUAUCUCUCUGUCUCUCUGUCUCUCUCUCUAUCUAUCUCUCUCUGUCUCCCUCUCUCUCUGUCUAUCUCUCUCUGUCUCCCUCUCUCUCUGUCUAUCUUUAUCUCUCUAUCUCUCUCUGUCUAUCUUUAUCUCUAUCUCUGUCUCUCUCUCUCUAUCUCUCUCUCUAUCUCUGUCUAUCUUUAUCUCUCUCUCUCUCUGUCUCUCUGUCUCUCUCUCUCUCUCUCUCUCACACACGCACACACACACAAGAACCCUCUGUGUCAGUCGUGUCAGUGUUAAUCGUUUGGCUCCUCAUGUAGAGAUCUUGGAUUGUGUUGAGAUCACUUGUGUGAUAGUGAGAGCUCCACUCAUCCGCUCUUCAUUACUACUGAAUGAGGAGCACUAGUUGCAGAGGACUCGCAGUCAGAAUUACUGACUUCCUCAGAGGUGCUCAGCAUUGAAAUGAGAGGCUAAUGGUUAUCCAGAUCAGGGCUCUUUCAUUGACAAGACUUUAGCUUGAGAAUGGUUCAGUGAUUGUUAGCAUUCACAGGCAGACCUAUUCAUGAUUUCAGAUUUCCCUUGAAGAACAGUGAUUUACCACAAGGGAGGGUAGGAGAAGAAGGGGUGGGAUGGGAAAGAGAGAGAGAAAAAAGAGAGAGAGGAAGAGAGAGUGGAGGGAGAUAGAGAGCGGAGAGAGAGAGAGCACAAGCUGUUGCCAUCAAGAGGUAGUUUUAGCACUUCAUAAGAGAGGAGGACAUUAAUACUCUUAGCACACGUCUCCAUCAGAACAGCGGCAUCACUAUCUACGGUGAAGUUUUGCUUUGCAAUACUAUUUUAACUCCCAUGUUCAGUCAUUAAAUAUUAUGGCUUUAGAGACACAAUGUGGUAUUCCAGUUAUUCAGGGACAUAAGCCUGAAGCACACAAUCCAGUUCCAUAUCAGAAAUCACUUUAUGUUAUUCUAGGAUCAGCUUUCCCUAUUUUGAAUCGUUAACCACCACACCAUGCAAAAACAAUACAAAACUGAUCUAGCAUGAACAGAAAGAUAUCACACAUCAUUAGCCUUCAGCCCGGUGUUCAGUUGUUCAGCCCCACCCUUAACCAAUGAGUAUCAGACGCAGAACAAAACGAAAGCAGAGGAAAAGAGAAAACAAGAGUCUAGGAUAAGGACAUUCUGAGAGCUUUUCUUUCCCGGGCUAAUUUGUCUUGACCUCAAGAGUCACCCCUCCCCCCUCCUGAUCAUCCCCCCAUCCCUCCCUCCCUCCCCUAUUUACUCUUAUUUAUAUCAUCAUGGGGCUCAACCUCUGUUCAAGGAUAUGAUCAUUUACUGCCUUUCACCUCACUGUGCUGCCUAAGCCCCCCUGUACCCUGAGGCAGGGGGAGAGCACGGCAGCGGUAGUCCAAAAGGCUGAGCGAAUCCAAAGAAAAACUGGAUUAAAUGAAUUGAUGCUCUCCCAGUCAGGGGAAGGGGGAAAUAAAGCUAACAUGAUUUCAGCCCUCCUCACCUCUCUCUGACUCCAGCGCAACUAUUCUACCCUUGGGCUGACCUCCACUGCCAGACAGCAGCUCCUCUAAAAUGGGGCCCCUCGUCCCCUCCUCGUCUCCCCGGUCUCCCCGGUCUCCCCUUCCCAGAACCCCCACCCCUGUGAUUCAGCACUUGGAUAGAAACAAGAGAAGGAAAAAGGAAGAAAAGAGAGAAUAUGAAGUGUCUUUGUCUGUGUGUAGACGUGUGGAUGUGUGUCUGAGGGAGUGUUUAUGUUUAUUGGGGAAUCUAGAAGGGAAAAUAGGGAGAGACCCAGAGUCAGUGCAGAGCAACCACUUCCCCAUGAACACACACACCUCUCCCAAAUCCUCUGAGGGUGGAGGUGCGGUUUGGCCUGCCUCGGCCACAGUGAGCCUCUGUGUCUGCUCAGCACACAAACCACUUCCUGUGUCUCCCUGCCAAGCCAAUUACAUAGCAGAUCCAAAAGGGCCCUGCUUUACCCAGAGACUUAGUGAGACUGUUAUUUACUGGACAGAAUAUAAACCAUAUUGGACAAAGUCCCCAUUUUAAUGUGUGUGCUCCAGUCAGUGUCUCAAAGCCAUUCUGUCACAGUGUCUGUGGUGAACAUGCAGGGUGUAAAUGAGGACUGACAUCCCAUACAUUAUUAAUGUGUCAAUAUAUGAUGGCCAUGAAAGGUGCUUGUUGUUUGUUAUUGUGCUCUAGAUAAACCCAGCUCCCUGAUAUCAGACAGCUGAAGAGGGGGUCCUUGUAUGAAGUGAUAUAUGGAUGUUGUGUUUACACAGUACUGUAUUUCCUUUCAUGUCUCUAUUCAUGUCUCCUGUAAUUAUUGGGACUGUUUAACUCUGUCUUUAUAUCAGAGCAUGUUAUAAUAAUGGUACACAAACAUUAUUUACAUAUGUACACACACACACACACAACACACGCAUAAACACCGCACACACUAGACAACACCGCAGCAGCAGUAGUGACCGGAACCAGUUUUGUUACACUCAGCCGUCCAGGAGGAGCGCCAGCGGGCCAAAGAACGCAGUGAGAACGAGGUGGAGUCCACCAGCAGCGUCAACGAGGACAUGCCUGUGGAGAAGGUCCUCGAGGCAGAGCUCGCUGUGGAACCCAAGACAGAGACCUACAUCGAGACCAACCUGGGCAUGCCAUCCAACUCG